AUGGAUGGUUCGAAUGCCCCUCUGUGGGGUGCACUGGCUGUUGAACAGUACUUGAUCAAUAACUGGGAUGCUUCGUCCACCGAAACGCCCGCCCAGCAGCGACAACGGCUGAUAUAUGGGUAUCUUGACCUUCAAGAAGUUCCUAUUGAGUGGCUAGAAGACCCGGCUUGUCUUCUCGAGGGAACUCCGCCGCGUCGUACACCGACCACCAACGAAAUCGACGUGAUCUUACGACCUUAUCGGAAUGACGCGCUCAGACGGCGUGCUAGCCAGAUCCAUGAACACCACUACAAAGAUUUCCCAGUCUUUCUUCGGACUCACUAUAGCGUCGAGGAAGAUAAGCGAACCAAAGAGGAUGAACUAAUGGAUCAAUGGGCAUCAUCGGGUGAAUUCGAGUAUGAGGCUUGGUGGGCAUCUCUUAAUGACGCGACUCAGUUUGACUUUGGUUCGGAGUGGCGACGCGUGUUUGAGAUUCUUCCAGAGAUCGCUGGCCCCGGUAGUGGCGGGAGUUUGACUGAACGGACACUGAAACGAGCCUUAGAUCUAGAGGAUAAUGACCUUGUUGAGCUCCGUGUCUGGUUCAAAGAAGCACUUCACAGAGAGAAACAGAGAGAUCCUUACAGGUGGCGUGAGAACCGAGAGGCGGUCAUCGAAGAAGCAGCGACUAGCAUGCAACAUGUGAUAACUGAGAUAUAUAUGAUCAUUGCGGACGAGGAAGCCUUUCGUUCCGGGCGUCUUUUAGUCGUCUUUCUCGAUGGCUUUCGCAAUAUCAUUCGCCAGGCUCGGUUUGAUACCGACGAGUAUGAUGUUGACUAUAUCGUCAGUGGAUUUACAGAAACGAACGAGUUUGCGGUGGACACCACUGUCGGGGAGAAGUAUCGAGUUGAAGGGGAACUAGGGAAGCAGUUGUACCAAUUAAACAGCGAGGACCUCGCAGACCCUAACUAA